UUUCAGAUAGUUGGCGCGAUCUCAUAGAUGGCAGACUUACUCUUCCGCGGGCUAAAAAUAACAUAAUGUAAGAUUCUAUUUCAAUAGAGACAUUACCGGGGUAAUUAAAAAGAUCUUACAAGGAAUCUCCGCAGUGCACUAACGAUGUAAAAGUUAAAAUCUUAGUUGCAGACAUGGAGGGCGCGCUUACGCUUGGAGCGUAGCGUCGAAAACUGUUUGGAGCUGUAUGGGUGUUGUGUUGACUAGAAACCUCUUUUGUGUAUCGCAGCAGGAAGCUAAGUCUUAUUAAAAUGUGAAAUCUAUUCAAAUCGUAUAUUUACGGUUCAUUGAAGUUACGCUCUGUUCGCAAUGACCAGUUGAUACGCUUAACAACAGUGAGUAAACUGCGGCAAAGACAGUGACAUCUCAUUCGUAUGAAAACGCUUUCUGGUUGAGUACCCCAAUUGAUACACAAACUUCCUACGCUAGAAAAUGGCAAACACUUCGUGAGGACGAAUGCAAAAUAAGUCCAUAGACAAAGAAAAUCGAUUGAGAUGAUUUAUAAACUAUUCAGAGUUGGAGUUUUCUGGUUGCUGACAUAAAGGCAGAAGAUGAAAAGGUUAUAAUGAUGAAAAAUUACGACGAUGAAUGAAAUAUAUAACCUCUUUCAAUAUUUUGAGCUGAAGACUGAUGAAUAUGAAGGAAUACCCGCUGGAUCGCGAUACGGCAAAAAGAAACAACUGAGUUUGUUUUCUGCUGUACUCACAAAAGUGUAUUGGAAAAAUGGCUCGCAAAACACAGGAGGUCUUCCGUGUCCUCUUACAGUUUAGAUAACGGGUACAUAAUCAGAACUACUCAAAUAAUUCACUACACAAAAACGGUUACAAAUUAUCAAACCAGUGAAUUACCUUUUUGAGGUGAAAGAAUAAAACUUAAUUUUGAAGCCGCAAAAUUAGCGAUGUUAAAAUAGUGAUAACGGUGUUGAAUUAUGAAACAGGCCUGGGGCAAAAAAUUCAAACGUGUGGGAACGUUUUGUUCCUCCAUCUGGAAAAAAAAAAGAGACGAUUCACUUCAAUCCAUUGUUCGUCGUACGAUGAUUAACUUAAUACGAUUUAAUUUUAAUUACUGAUGAAGCGUGUGUCGUAUUGUAAGCCCAGAAACCCCAGUGCGACAUUUUCAAAUUCACCAGACACUUCCUAGAUAAGUAGAAAGCCUGGCUUCUAAUUGAAGCCCUGGGAGAUUUCCACCUAGUUGCUCCGAGUGAACUACAGUACUGCACGUCGAGCGCCGCAGCUCUUUCACGGUGCGCUGGUCCCAGUGUACUAAUCUCGAUCGCUGAUUCGAUUAAUCCAUAAUUUGACCACAAAGAGCAGAGCCCGCCCCAGCCUAUAAGUUUUACUCAUCACGGUCCAUUUCCAAAUUCAUCAAUUUCAGCCAAGACUUGCCGCAGCAGUUGGAACGUACGGUAGAAAAUCGACGAUAUGAUGGACGACUGGCGCCGUAGGAUGCCUACUCCACACUUGACGACCGCCAUGCCGCAUUACCACGGGCUUGAUUUUGGACGUACGAUGCCACUUCGACAUCCGCCGGCAACAGCACACGGUAGAGGUGCCUUUGACACUUCGCCUCAAAGCUUCAUUCCGUUUUCUCAUCCACUGGCUCCCAUACCAAUACCAAUGGCUAGUAGAGAGCUGCCGAUCGCGCCAUCUUCCUCACUUGCCUCCCCACAAAUACCAGCCUCUUCCACUGACAGCUCAAGGCAGCAGAACGUGGAGAAGAAACGUUGGCAAACUGCUAAUUUUCGAUGGAUGUUUACGAAAAGAAAAGCUGCAGUAACAAGUGUCUCGGAAAAAGAGGAAGCAAGCUCUGACAAGAAGCAAGAAACGACAGCAAGUCAAAAGAAGAGGUUCACCUUCACACAAAGACAACUGGUUGAAUUGGAGAAGGAGUUCCACUUUAGCAAAUAUCUUACAAGGACAAGACGAAUUGAAAUAGCAUCCAACUUGGAACUUACAGAAACACAGAUUAAAAUAUGGUUUCAAAAUCGGCGAAUGAAGUGGAAAAGAGAACUUAAAGAGUCUAUUCGAAAACAGGGAGUAAACGAGUCACCAGCGGCUCAAUUUAACCCUGGGUUUCAUCAAGGUUUCCAGAGGUCCCUUCGAGAUAGUGUUCCUUCCUAUCAACAAAGUGCCCCAGAAAUUUUUGUCCAACAUGCGACACCUCCAUAUUUUCCAAACUAUCUAUCGCUUUAAUCUUCAAAAUAUCAGAACUCUAAAUGAAUUUGACUCGAAAAGCAUAUAAGUUAACACGAAGAUAUAUCGAUUUAAGGUACCUCUUCCAACUGAUAAAGGUUUAACUGUGCAAAAGAUCACAAAAAAUACAGUAUGAUGUUAUUCUUCUAGACUAUUUCUCACAGGCAAAUAAUUUUUGAGUUUCCAUAGCCAGAGCAGCAAAAGCGUCCCCCUAAUUGAAGAGCAUUUUAAGCUGAAGUGAACAUCUGAUAAAAUCUUAUCAAAACAAAACAUACAAAGAGCUGAACAAAACCAAAGGGAUUAGAAAGGAAAUGGCACUUUAAAAAAAAAAACUACCAAGUACAAAAACUGCGCCUUUACAAAGAAAAUCUAUACCUUUGG